CGCGGGAGCCGAGUCCGAGUUAUUGCGAAUAACACUGUUUUAUUUACCUUGCUUUAUACGUCUUCUGGCAUUCUACGCUAGGCUUCUGUUAAUUUUCACCCUAUAUCCUGCCAACAUGGCCUCAGGCCCCAGUGUCUCAAAGGAGCGCCAAUUCCUCGCUGUCAUAGGUGAUGAAGACUCCGUCACGGGUCUAUUACUCGCCGGCAUCGGUCAUGUAACCGACCCUCCAGAUUCCCAACGUAAUUUCGUCGUCGUAGACUCGAAGACCGAGACCUCUGCCAUUGAAAAAGCAUUCCACAACUUCACCCAAGAACGAAAGGACAUUGGUGUUUUAUUAAUAAAUCAGCAUAUCGCGGAACGGAUACGAAACAGCGUUGAUAACUUCACGGAAGCAUUCCCAGCGGUACUCGAAAUCCCGAGCAAAGACCAUCCCUAUGACCCUGAGAAGGACAGUGUGCUCCGGCGCGUGAGGAGAUUGUUUGGAGAGUAAAUAUUACCCGUUAUAUUCUAAUGAUGUUACGAAAUUAGCACGGAUAUUCGAUUCAGGGCCCAGGGAUGUUGAAGCACGGUGCUCUUGGGUGCUACGCCACUGACGCUGACAUGGGCGCUGCUGGAUUCUUGGGGCCGAGGUUUCUAAUCGUCAAAUGUCCAGGGAGAUAUACGGCCAUAACCUGUGCUCCCCCCUCUUUUUUUUUAGGAAAUUGGGAAUCACGCUGUGUAUUUACAAUUGGAUACCCUCAUGAAAGCAUGCACUACACAUAUUGCAACCUUAUGUAUUUGCAUUGUUGUGAUUUAGGUUGAUGACGUAUAAGUAUUUCUAGGGAGACACUCAUAAACCAUAUGGCUUCUAUUAGUUCUGGAUCCAAUGACGCAAGUGUAGAAACAUAAUCGCUUGUCUUGCAGUGAAAAAAUUAUCGCUUGAACCUGAAAGCUAAAAUCAUCAUGAUUGAACCGAGAAACAGACCCAGUGCGCCACGUCACUGCGUAUCAUCGAUACAUUAAUUAUCACGCAAAAAGGUGGGGGAAAACAAACUCUGGAGGGUACAGAAGACACCGAGUAGAAUGGUGAAAAAACACAUUGGCCAUUAAUCAUUCAUGAAACUAGAAGCGUCUUCCGGUGGUAUAGCGGUAAGUGAGAUAGAGUGUGGUAUAGUGAAGUCGGCAGACGUUACAAGAGGAUUAUAGGUCGUGUGGAGAUUGUGGAACUGUGAUGAAGCCGGUCUCGAGGCAGGCAGGACGGACGGAGCAAGGGAAGCAGAGGCGAAUCCCAAACUAGCGUCCAAAUUCAAAGGUAACAGCAGCAUGGAGACAAGUAACU